GCAGGGGAGGCGCUCCCCGAAACUCUCUAUAUCGUCGGAUCUGGGCUCCAAGACCAAGAAGAUCGGUGAACGCCCGCAGAGCAGGCCAGGCGUCCGAGCAAGGCAUUCGUCCUAAGACCCUGAGAGUGUCUGUGGCAACCAUCAUCCCCUGGGGUUCCUCGUGAGCUCUCGGGGUCUCAAGCCCUCCAGCCUCGCCCGCGCCCCACCGGUCUCCAGACUGCAUCUCUAGGAGCGCUGCUUGUGAGGUUCCACAGGGAGGAAGCGAGCGGCGCGGGCUGCCACGCACGCACUGUGUGGAAGGGGCGAAGUGCAACAACAUACACACGCCCACACACCUUCCUGAAGAGAAGAGGCUGGGACAGGAGUUUCUGACAGUUCUCACCAGCCAGAGCUGUCAACUUUAAUGGGAUCAACCCCAACCAAAGAAACAAAAUAAUCACAUUCUAGUAGCUGUGUAUCACCAGUCAGCGCUCUUGGCAACUCCAGCCAUGUCACCCAUUCCUUCCUGGAGAAUUAUAGUAUUUCUGAGUUCCAGAAGAUGUGGGAUGUGGGGAGAGGGAGACUGUAAGAGAGGCCACAGCGUACUAAGGAAGUACGUAAGAACUUUGAAUGCUGAAGAUCAGCUGUAUCAGGCUGGAUUUUCUUAAAGAUUUGUAACUUUAUUUCUUAUCCACCCCUUUUAACACACACAGGAACCCCACUUCAACCUGGGGUUGGUAAAGAUUGGGUAACGUCUGAAAUAAAACUGAGCAUUAGAAAUGCUUCAGUAAUUUAAGGGAGUUCAGAAAGGGGGAAAAAGUGUCCCUCACUUCUCUAGGCUGGGUGAGAAAGGAGGACCCCAGAGUGUGGGGAUUGGCCCACCCCAUUGAGAAAGCACCUGUUUUGUCACAGGGGCCUCUGAUUGAGGGUUUAUGUACCUAGUUCUCUAUGUUACUAAGCAGUACUUUCUUCUUGUGUCUGUAUUUCUGUUUACAUGAAAUUGUAGGUGUAUGUCUGACUGUAUCUUGCACUUAUUUGUAUUAAGGUACAUUGUGUAUAUAUACGAGUCACGGUGGUGAGCUAGGGGAAAGGGAGUGAAGACUGAAAAGAGAUUUUUCUCAGAUUGGAAGAAAUUCUACUGUCAGACCCUCCUUGGCUUGCCAAGGAGGAAGAUGUUCCAGAGGAAAAUUAUAAGCUUUGUAGGAAAGGAGGAUUGCUGGGUAUAGGGACUUUUCAUUUAGUCCCACCACUUCAUGCAGGAGGCUUGUUAGCUUAAUUAUUAAAACCAAUUUGGGAUCAGGGUCAUCCAAAAUUAGCUUUAGAUUAGGCAAUGGAGAUUAAGGAAAACCUAAUUCCUUAAAUUAAACAAAAAGAAUUUUAUUCACUGUCUUUUUGCUUUAGUCAUCUUUAAUAAAUAUUUUGGUGAAUUGGAAAUAAGUUAACAUUGUCCUUCUGUACUUAAGAUACAGAGAGACUUUUGUUAGUGUUUCUUUGAAGCACCACGUUAAUGGAGGUGAGCCAUUCUUGUAUUUUAUAACCUCCCACUAAAAUAUAUGCAGGAAUAAUGCUGAUAUGUAACGCUAACCAAAGUACAUUACACUAUUAUUAUUUGCUUAUAUUGCAGCUAUUUGUUUUUGAAACUUCAGCAUAUAACAUGUAUUCAUAGUAUUAGCAAACUUGCUUUAUCUUCCCACCUUACUAACCAAGAUAUUCUACAUUUUACAGCCUUUUUAAAAACAUAAAGCCUUACAUCACAAUUGUAAUGGCUUUAGUCUAGGUGUCAUAAAGAAUAAAUCCUUAGACCAAUAAGUAAAAUAAAUAUCACUAUCACAUAUUCACAAUUCAUAGUUACUUAGCUUUAGCUAGAGUUGAAACAUAUGUUUCAGAUUCAAUUAAAGGUGAACAUUCAUGCUUUGGACUCCAACUACUAGAAGAGGCUUUCUGAAAAUUUUGUGAAAGCACUACAGAUUGACAGGGUUGGUUAAAUCCCUUCCUGCCCAAUCCUUAGGCCUAUAUUGGUGACACUCAAUUAACAUUGAAUGAGAAUAGAAUACUCUAUAGGGCACAGAGGGAGCAUAGCUCCCUCUUGUGUGUGAAAUAGAGGAUGCCACCUACAGAGAGGAAGUCACUCAUUCAUAUAUAUCCAUUCAUUCAACCCACAAGCUGAUUAGUAUAUGCUACAUGCAGGGGAUGCAAAGAUGGAGAUUAGAAGCUAAUAGGGAGACUGAUGUUCAAACAAUUACAAUCCAAUGUGAUUAUUGUGAUCGUGGAGGUAUAUUCAAAAUGCGAUCAGAACAUUAGAGGUAGGAACAUCUACACUGGCCCAAUGGUGUCAAAGAAAAUUUCACAGAGGAGGUAACAUGAGCUGAGACUUGAAGGGUGAAAAGGAGUUUGCUAAGGAGUAAGAGCAUUCCAGGCAGAGGAAAUAGCAUAUACAAAGGCAUGAAGAGUUAAAAGAGUAUGUCAGAUUCAGGGAGAGGCCAAUAAUUCAGUAUUGCUAGAGGUUAGGCUGGGCCAAAGAUGGAGGUGCAAUGGUAGAUGAGAUCUGAUCAUAAAGGACUUUGUAUGUGAUUGUGAGAUUAGGUUUUACCUAGAGCAAAGAAAUAAAAUGUUUAUAUUUCCUUGUUAGAAAACAAUGUUCUGGCACCAGGCAAGAUAGAAUGAGACUGAACUAGGGCAGUAGGGAAGGAAAUUCAUGGAUGGUUUCAAGAAAUGUUUAGGAGAUAAGAUGGUCCAUCUUUCCGGCUUAUUUUAUUGAUAACAGUGGUGAUGUCACCAAAGAGACAAAGAAAACAGAAUAAAAAGCAGAGCAGAGACAGUGAAUUCAGUUUGGGACCUGUUAAAUCUGAGGCAUCCAUGGGGAAGCCAAGUGAAAAUGUCAAUGGGACAAUUGGCCCAGGUAAGAGGUCUGUCUGGAGACAUAGAUUUGAGAAGCAUCGGCCAUGGGAAUAGAUGAGUUUGCCUACGGAAUCAUGAAGAGUACUAGAAGAAAAGAGCCAAGGCAGAAUCCUGGGAAGCAGAAACAUUUCCGAGAGAGGAAGGACUAGCAAAGGAGCCACAAAAGUCAUGGCCAAAGGCAGGAGACCCAGGAGAACAUGCUGUCAUGGAGACUCAAGGAGGACACAUUUGAAGAAAGGGGAAACGGUCCACAAUGCCAAAUACCACAGAGAGGUUAAGAAAGAUGAGACAUGAAAACUUCCCUUUGGAUUUAGCAUGUGAUAACCUAAUGGAGAAGAUGGGAAUGGAGAGAAGCCAGAUUGCAAUGGGUUGAGGAAAUAAAGCAGUGGAGACACCAGCAUAGACUAUUCUUCCCAAAAGCCUGGCUAUGAAAGGGGGAGAGUGAGAUAAGACAGUAGCUGGAGGGGACUGAGAAGUUCAAGGGAGAGGGUCCCUUCUCUUUGUGUUCUUAAGAUGGGAGAAAUUUAAGCAUAUCUUUGAGAGAAGGAGCCAGCAGAGAAAGAGAAGCUGACAAGUUGUGUAGAGAAUGGGGGAUGACUAGGGAAAGGUGGUUGUGAAGGCAGGCAAGAAUUGGAGUGAGAGCCCAGGAGAAAAGGAGAUACCCAUUCCCCUGCAAUGGAAGAAUUGAAGAGUUAAGAAAAAAGCAAAACUUCAUGGGAAAACCGAGGCUCAGAGCUUAUGUGACUUAUCCAAAAGACAGGAUUAAAACUGUCUCUCUGUCUUUUUGCCUGACACUAUGCUACCCCCCCAGAGAUAGCAUAGGAGGUGGCCAGCCUAGAAAGAGAUUGAAAGGCUGGGAGCCACAGGGUAUUAUAGAAGAAUCACAGAAUUUAGAACUAGAGGGGACAUGGAGAUCAUCAUAUCCAAUUGCAGACGAGGAAACCAAGGACCAACGAGGUUGUCAUUUGCCUGCCUAAUGUUUUAAAAUAAGUGAAGAACUGGUUCCAGCCCAGGGUUCUCUCCAACAAGGAUUGGAUAAGGAGAUAAAUGGAGUAGUCAGAUGUCCUCUCUUUCCCAAUCUUGUAGCUUCUAUCUAUUCCUGUCACUCUGUUUCAGGUAUUAUUCUUAGCACUUUACACACGCAAUCUUGUCUCACACUUACAAUGACCCUGUGAGGUAAACACUGUCAUCCUUACUUUUAAUAAAACCAAGUAUCUAUAGGGGUCAAGUAACUUGCAAGAGGCAGAUACAGAAUUCAAACACAGAGCUGCUUAACUUCAAACUUAUUCUUUCACUAUAUCACUUAAUAAGACACUACCUAGCCAGACUAUAAAUAAUGGAGCCUCCUGGGAAAACCAAGACCCCAAUACAGAUCACACACAGGGAAAUGAGCAGAGGUGGGAUCAUUGAUUGUAAAAUAAGGUGAGCUAAGUUGAUUUCAAUUAUUUUAGAGUUUCCAGAGGAGGAGUCAGGGUGCUUGAGAAAGCUAGACAGACCAGUGUGGGCAGUGCCAGGACCGGGAAUCAGCCCUCUGAUGAUAUCGUUGGAUUAUAUAUUUAGCAAAGCUGUCUGGCCUUUGUUCCUUCGGAGACUGAGAAGGAAAGCCAAUCUUUUUGUAAUCUGUACCAACUUUCACCCUUAUGCCUUCGCUUGAUAGCUAUAUAGUAAAUACAGUUCUUUUUAUGUCCUGUGAUCUGUCUGAUUAGGCUGGAGGCCUGAGAGAGAUAAAAGAGAAUUAUAUUUCUUAAGACAGUCCCAGAGGAAGCAGAGAAGCCUCGAGGGUGGUUGUGGCACUGAUUUAGGGGACCUAAGGGUUAGGAAAGGAGCAUGGGGCAACAGAGAUGGAUUGCCAAGACCCUCAUUCCCUCACAGCCAAAACACAGGGAGAUGGAUGGCAGAGGAGCAAUGGACAGACAGUAGCAGUAGAAUCUGGUGAGCUCCAGAGAUGAGGGAACUGGUCUGGUUUAUUCUUAGCUGUAUCUUCAGCACCAAGAAUAGUACCUGGCUCAUAGACAGAAACAUCUAUUGUCCUACAGCAUACGCCUCCCUGUCACAGUCCCAUCAAAAUGGCUGCUUUUGGACACACAUUCCCCUUCUAUACUGGCCUCAAGCCAAUCUUCCCAAUGGACACCACCUUGGCCGUCAUCAUUGCCAUCUUUCUGACUGCACUGGUCACCUUCAUCAUCAUCCUGCCUGGCAUUCGGGGCAAGAUGAGGGUGUUCUGGCUGCUGCGGGUGGUGACCAGCUUAUUCAUCGGGGCCGUGAUCCUAGCUGUGAAUUUCAGUUCUGAGUGGUUCGUGGGCCAGGUCAGCACCAACACAUCAUACAAGGCCUUCAGUUCCAAAUGGAUCAGUGCUGACAUUGGGCUGCAGGUUGGGCUGGGAGGAGUCAACAUUACACUUACAGGGAUCCCAGUGCAGCAGUUGAAUGAGACCAUCAAUUACAAUGAGGAAUUCACAUGGCGCCUGGGUGAAAACUAUGCUGAGGAAUAUGCAAAGGCACUGGAGAAGGGGCUGCCGGACCCUGUGCUCUACCUGGCUGAGAAGUUCACCCCGAACAGCCCAUGUGGACUGCAUGGCCAGUACCGCCUGGCAGGACACUACACCUCAGCCACACUCUGGGUGGCAUUCCUCUGCUGGCUGCUGGCCAAUGUGAUGCUGUCCAUGCCCGUGCUGGUCUACGGUGGCCACAUGCUGCUAGCCACAGGCAUCUUCCAGCUGUUGGGACUGCUCUUCUUCUCCACGGCCACAUCACUCACACCACCCUGUCCCCUGCGCCUGGGCACUGCUACGCUGCACACUCACCACGGGCCUGCCUUCUGGAUCACAUUGACCACAGGACUGCUUUGUGUGCUGCUGGGCCUGGCCAUGGCAGUGGCCCACAGGAUGCAUCCCCAAAGGCUGAAGGCUUUCUUCACCCAGAGUUCAGGAGAGGAUCCUGCGCUGGAAUGGAAUCCUGAAGAAGGGGGACUCCUGAGUCCUCGCUACCGGUCCACAGCUGAGAGUCCUGAGCCCCAGGACAUUCCCCUGUCAGAGGCUUCCUCUGAGGCAUGCUGUAAGAAGGAGCAUCCCAGAGAGCCUGACUGUACCCUAUAAGGCUCUUCUCCCUGGUGGCCACCCGGACUUCCAGUCUGGUUCCAGAUCUUAUUGGAGCCUCAUAAACCACCAGAAAUGACUGCAGGUUGGGUUGUUUCAGCCCCCCAGCUCCAAUCUAUAGGUGGAGAAGGAAAAAGAGGCUUUUCCUUUUAAAAAGCAAAACAAAAAGCCCUAAUAUGCUAAACAGAAAUUGGAGCCACCCAUAAACCCUGUCUCCAUGGUAA